ACAUCUGUCUACACGUUGUUUGCGCAGAAGGGGAGAAGAAUAGUGGAAAAAUGUUGAGCGUAUUACAAAACAAUAUAAAUAACGUGAUUUGCCAUGGUAGGCGCAAUGUUUUGCGGAAUUUAACUGUGAUAAAGUGCAACUUUUCAAAUCAACCUUCUCAUCAGAAGAUAUUCGAUAGAAAUGCGAAACGAUUACAGAAGGAAAGAGCUGCAUUGAGUCCUGAUGUCGAGCUUUAUGACUACCUUAAAGAGGAGGUAGGCUAUCGCUUGGCCGACAGAGUCUUUGACAUUAAGAAGGAGUUUAAUACGGCUGCUGAUUUGGGAUGCAACAGAGGAUUUUUGUCACGCCAUAUUUUAGCGGAGAGCGUAAAGCAUUUGACACUAUGCGAUAUGAGCCCUGCAAUGCUGUCACAGGCUACCGGAACACCGGGAUUGGAAAUUUCCAAAAGAGAAAUUGACGAGGAGCUGUGGGAUUUUCCAGAGCAAUCCUUGGAUUUGGUUAUCUCAUCGCUGAGUUUACAUUGGAUCAAUGACUUGCCCGGUUGCUUUGGCAAAAUUAUACGCAGUCUGAAAGAAGAUGGGGUGUUUAUUGCGUCCAUGUUUGGCGGUGACACAUUGUAUGAGCUAAGAUCAUCUUUACAAUUAGCCGAAUUGGAAAGAAAAGGCGGUAUAGCACCUCAUAUAUCACCAUUUACUCAAAUACGAGAUGUGGGUGCACUGCUCAAUCGUGCGGGAUUCACUAUGUUGACAAUUGACACUGACGAAAUUGUCAUUGGGUAUCCCACAAUGUAUGAGCUAAUGUUUGACCUUAAAGGAAUGGCAGAGAACAAUGCCGCUUUCAAUAGACCUGUACACUUGGAUAGAGAUACCAUGAUGGCGUCUAGUGCAAUCUAUAAAGAAAUGUAUGGCAAUGAAAAGGGCGUUCCUGCAACAUUUCAAAUAAUCUAUUUUGUUGGAUGGAAGCCGGGACCGAAUCAACCCACACCACUGCCUCGAGGUUCUGGUGAGGUUUCCCUGAAAGAUUUGGGUAAAAUGAUUGAAAAUAGUGCAAAAUCGAAGAAGCAGAAGACUGAUAAAUAAACCCUAAACAAUGUA